CCGUCGAGGUAAACUUGUAGCUAAUUCUGGGGUUGUCGAUGACAGCUGGGGUUUAGCUUCUGUGCUAACCCACUAGCUAGUCAGUGGGCUAACAAAGCGCUGAAGCACCUACUUCUUGAAGUGCAAUCGCGAGCUAGCUCAGUGUUAAAAUAAACAUUUUAAUAAUAAAGUAAAGUACCUUUUGCAUUGCAUUUAAUAUAUCCUCUUUCAAGUCGCUAACUUACGGCAUGUAGCUGACGGUAACGAAGUGAAGAGCAAAGCUAGUUUUUGCGGUUCAUGAUGAUUGUAAUCGACCUGAUUACAGUAACGUACUUGUAUUGGAUCCAUAUGCAACAGUUCGUUUGGAAGCGAACCUUAUAAAAACUAAUAUUUAAGUUUUAGACACCUCAAAAUGGCCACCUUUCUGUGAAUUUAGCGUCAGGAAAGUAUUCGUAAGGCUCUUCGUGUUUUAUUAAGAACAAAUAGGAAAGGUUACUCGAUUAAAUGCGUGGAAUAAUAAUAAUAAUGGUAAUACUAAUAAGUCGAGGGUUUAAAUGUAACUUCCAGACAACAAAGUGUGUUAUUCAUUAGUUAGCUAUGUGUGUUGAUACUGGUUACUACACUGGCAAAAGGAGGUCAGCGGUUGACAAUAAAACGCAAUCAACUCACGGAGUAUAUACGGCUACCUGCAACUGGUAUUUUAGAAGUUGUGGUUAACUGUGGCAAAAAAUUUAUCGUCUGGAUAAAAUCCACCUUGCUGGCAUCGAUGGCAAACUUUGUUUACUUUUUCAGUCUCUUUGACUUGGAAACGAUCACUCUUUGUACAGCUAGCACACAGCAAGUUAUGCAAAUCCUGUCAUGGCUUGUUGUAUUAAAAAAUAAGCUUAAAAGUGAAAUACUCAAUGUGAAUACAUUAUUUCGUACUUCAAAUGAACUAUAUAAUUGUUAAAAAGUAUCUCGACAUUUCUUAGUUUGUUUCCUGUUUAGUGGGGAUUUAGACCUCCUCUUCCUCCAUUCUCAAAUGCCAACAACAACAGCCGUCGAGGAGACAGAGUGCACUCGUAAGCGCAUACAGUCACCACAGUGAAGCUCAUUCAUCGUGCGAAAGGGGUCUGAAUAGUGACUGGCAGAGGAAAAGUCUUUUUAACCUAAAGCAUACCUCUUUUCGGUCCUUUGGGAUCAUGGCUAAAGAUGCUGGUCUAAUUGAAACCAAUGGAGAGCUGAAGGUUUUCAUCGAUCAGAAUCUGAGCCCUAGUAAAGGUGUCCUGUCCUUGGUUACUGUCCAGCCCACAGCUGCCCCUGUGGCCAAACAGCUACUACCCAAAACCCUUGGGCCAUCCAAUGUGAACGUCGCUACACACAUGCAAAAUGUGCCACACAUGGUGAUUGGAACACCCCAGAGGCCUACCGUAUCGAACACCAUUUUGGUAAACAGUCCACACACACCCAGUUCCCAGUUCCUCACACAGAGUCAACCAGCCGAUGCCUCUCCUUGGUCAUCAGGAAAACGUGGGAAGAAAGGGGAAAAGAAUGGGAAGGGCUUGAGGCAUUUUUCCAUGAAGGUGUGCGAGAAGGUGCAGAAGAAAGGAGUGACCACGUACAAUGAAGUGGCAGAUGAACUGGUGGCAGAAUUCAGCUCAUCAGACAACCACAUGUCACCGAAUGACUCACAUGUGUAUGACCAGAAGAACAUUCGGCGACGCGUUUAUGAUGCACUUAACGUGCUUAUGGCCAUGAACAUUAUUUCUAAAGAGAAAAAAGAAAUCAAGUGGAUUGGUCUACCCACCAACUCAGCGCAAGAGUGCCAAAACCUAGAGGUGGAGAGACAAAGGCGGCUGGAGAGGAUUAAGCAGAAACAAUCACAGCUUCAGGAGCUCAUACUGCAGCAAAUAGCUUUUAAGAACCUGGUUCAGAGGAAUAGGCAGACAGAGCAGCAGGCAAACCGACCUCCACCUCCCAACUCCAUCAUCCACCUUCCUUUCAUUAUUGUCAACACCAGCAAGAAAACUGUCAUUGACUGCAGCAUCUCCAAUGACAAGUUCGAGUAUUUGUUUAACUUCGACAGCAUGUUUGAGAUCCACGAUGACAUCGAGGUGCUAAAACGUAUGGGCAUGGCCUGCGGCUUGGAGGUGGGAAAGUGUUCUCCAGAGGAUCUGAAAAUCGCACGUAGCCUGGUGCCCAAAGCUCUAGAGCCUUAUGUUAUAGAAAUGGCCAAAGGUCCCAUCAGUAACGUCUACAUCACUGGAGGUUCCUCUGCUAAUGGAGCCCGUUACCCUGCAAACAGUGAUGGCUGCACUGAUGGCACCAUGGCGUCCAGUUCAAACGAUUCUCACUACAGCGGGUCUCGUGUGGAGACUCCAGUGUCUUACAUGGGGGAUGACGACGAUGAGGAUGAGUACGAUGAGAAUGACGAUGAAGACUAACCUCCCUACACCUCGCCACUCCAACAAGCACAGUCUUCAAAACCACCCUCACCGUGGGAAUUUAGUCCACUGUCGUGUGUGCUUUUUUUUUUUUUUUUCCUCCCC